CGACGAUCAGGUCAGAGAUGCCACACGGGUACUCCCCGCAGCGCUGGGGCCGACUGGCUGAUACAGCUCAAUUUUGGUGACAAAAAUGCCGGAAAGAGCCCAGGCGGCUGUUGAGCACCUGAUGAGGACUGGCCCCAGUCAUCAGCCCUGGGGACACUGGGCGCAGUUGCUAAAACUCAGCGGUCAGCGGGAGAACGUGCUGACAAGGCGAGGGAAGGAGCGCGUGGGCUCUAAGGAGAAACGGUGGCGAGGCGGAAACGGGGUACCGAGAACGUUCCCCCAGCAUUGUCCCCCAAGGCCACCCGAGCUGCCCGGCGCGCUGCACAGGGCGCUAGCGCUGGAGGGUGACAGUCGCGGUUUGGUGCGGGACAGCCCCAGGCCCUGGCGGUACCGGCCCACGGCGGCACGGGGUGGGAGCGGGCUGUGCUGGACCGAAGCCGGCGGCGAGCCGAGCACCCCGGCAGGGAUGGCACAGACGAGGAUCCUUCGGCCCGCAGAGCCCAGCAGAAGGUGCAAAUGCCGGCGGACGCGGUUACGGCACAAAGACCCGCUCCGGGUUCGGCUCGGGACGAGGGGAACGCCGGACCCUACCAGGGCCGCAGCGUGAGGGGCAGGGAGCGAAAAUACGGGCCUGCGGCGUGUGCUGGGCACGCGUCACCGCCGGGCCGGCACGGCGCGGUACGGACACAGUGGCCAUGGCGUUAAUGCCCGUCCGUCGGGCCAGCAGAGCCCCGGGACACCGACAGCGGACUCGGCAGCGCACGGCCCCGGGAAGUCUUCACGGCCCCCGGGCCGUGCCGGGCAGGGACAAGGGCAAGCGCUGCAUUCAGCGCGACAAAGCUCGGUGGGACUGACUGCACCUCGGAUGGAGAACGGGACCGGCCCCGUGCUCCCGCCCGCCCCCGCCGCUCACCGGCGGCCGUGAGGCGGCACGGCCCCGCCCCUUCUGGCGCGCGGCCCGGCCUCUCCGCCCAAUCAGGAGCUGCCACACGGCAGAUCCGGAUGCGGGGGCGGGACUUCCGGCUGCGGCCCCGGCGCUCCCUCAGCCGCCGCUCCCGGCCGCGCCGCUCCCAACCCGCCGCUCCGCCGUCAUGUCCGCGCCCCGGCCCCCGCAGCCCGCCCUGCCCGCCGCGCUGCUGCUGCUCGCGCUGCUCGCCCUCGGCGCUCGCGCCUCCGACGUGGUGGAGCUCACCGAUGCCGAUUUUGAGAGUGGCCUGGCCGAGCGCCCGGGGCUGGUGCUCGUGGAGUUCUUCGCGCCCUGGUGCGGACACUGCAAGCGGCUGGCGCCGGAGUACGAGUCGGCCGCGACCCGGCUGAAGGGGAUCGUGCCUCUCGUGAAGGUUGACUGUACAGCAAAUUCCAACACCUGUAACAAGUAUGGAGUCAGUGGAUAUCCCACAUUAAAGAUUUUUCGAGAUGGAGAAGAGGCAGGGACCUAUGAUGGGCCCAGAACAGCAGAUGGAAUUGUCAGCCAUCUCAAGAAACAGGCAGGACCUGCUUCAGUGGCUCUCAGUUCUGUGGCUGAGUUUGAGAAGUUCAUUGGCGAUAAAGAUGCUUCUGUUGUGGGCUUCUUUGGUGAUGCAUCUGGGGAUGCCUACUCGGAGUUCAUGAAAGCAGCCAACAGCCUCAGGGAUAACUACCGCUUUGCGCACACCACCGACGAGCAGCUGGUGCAGAAGAACGGGGAACAUGGAGAAGGCAUAGUCUUAUUCCGUCCUCCACGCCUGGCCAACAAGUUUGAGGAGAGCUCUGUCAAGUAUCCAGAAGACAAAAUCACCAGUGGAAAGAUCAAGAAAUUCAUCCAGGAGAACAUCUUUGGCAUCUGCCCACACAUGACUGAAGACAACAAAGACUUGAUCCAGGGCAAGGACUUGCUGGUGGCCUACUACGACGUUGACUAUGAGAAGAAUGCGAAGGGAUCCAACUACUGGCGCAACAGAGUUAUGAUGAUUGCAAAGAAGUUCUUGGAUGCUGGCCACAAACUGUCUUAUGCUGUUGCUAGUCGGAAAACCUUUGGCCACGAGCUUUCUGAGUUUGGUCUGGACAGCAGUGUGGGUGAGGCCCCCGUCGUUGCCAUCAGAACUGCCAAAGGAGAUAAAUAUGUCAUGCAAGAAGAGUUCUCCCGUGAUGGAAAGGCUCUGGAGAGAUUCCUCCAAGAUUACUUUGAUGGAAACUUGAAAAAAUACCUGAAAUCAGAGCCUGUCCCUGAAAGCAAUGAUGGCCCUGUAAAGGUGGUGGUGGCUGAGAACUUUGAUGAAAUAGUUAAUGCUCCAGACAAAGAUGUCCUGAUAGAGUUCUAUGCACCGUGGUGUGGCCACUGCAAGAAUCUGGAGCCCAAAUACAAAGAAUUGGGGGAGAAGCUCAGCAAAGAUCCCAAUAUCAUCAUUGCCAAAAUGGAUGCCACAGCCAAUGAUGUGCCUUCUCCCUACGAAGUCCGAGGUUUCCCCACCAUCUAUUUUGCUCCAGCUGGCAAGAAGCAGAGUCCAAAGAAGUAUGAGGGUGGUAGAGAAGUGAGUGACUUCAUCAGCUACCUAAAGCGGGAGGCAACCAACACUCCCGUCCUGCAGGAGGAGGAGAAAUCCAAGAAAUCCAAGAAGAAGGUGAAGGAGGAUUUGUAAAGUACCUACUUACCACCUUAUCAGGAUGAGCUCUGUGUGAAUUGGGGAAGCACUGGUCAGACUGGGCCAGUCCUGGGCUGUGAGAGCCAGUGGCCAUGCGGGCUGAGGGGCCCCAGCUGCUGUAUCUAGUAAUGUUUCAUUUCCUGCCGUCUCUUAGCUGCACUGUUGUGGGGCUCCCCAGGUUUGUUUUGAGGUUUGGGAGGGGGUGGGGGUACAGUUAUUUUCUAAUUUUUUUUGUACAUUUGGAGAAGUGAAACAAUAAAAUGACCCCCUGAAGACCAA